CCCAAGAAUUUUAUCGCCCCCUGGCCCCUGCUCAAGAAUUCCUCGGCCACGGCCUAUUCCAAUUUUGAGCCUUUGGGAAGCAUUCCCAUAUUCGAAUAUCGAAGCAGCAAAUAGGUCAAGCGUAUAUCAGACACCAAUCAUUUCUUCAAUCCGUAUCAACCAACACAAACACCAUUUUCAUGUCAAAAUAUUGAGAUCCCACCCGGAAGGACGAUCUGUGCACACAACAAUGCUUCAAUUGCUUCUGUUCUACAAGAAUCAGAUACUCCACUUAUCACUCGCUGCAACUCUUGCUUUCUUCCUGACUUUUUUCAAAAUCCCUAUUCUUUUCCUUUAUGGCAUACACUCCUAUAUCCACCCAGAUAACUUCACUCAGAACAAUGGCUUCAGAGCUGCUAUUCGACGACCCGGCACUUCCAGCGCCGCUUCUGGGCCCGAGGGUUAUCAAUCUUUAUCCUCAAAAACCAGUGCUGAGCUCAGGAAGAGGAACAAGUCCAAGGAAAAGAUCGACUUCGAUGAAAACAAAGCACAGAUCUUCAGGCUGAAAUUGGACCAGGGUCAUCUCCAAUCUCGUCUCUUUGCUGAUCAGUAUGGCAUUGCUUUUACCGUCUCCAUUACUGCUAUUGCUUGUCUGUUGCUUCGCACAUUCUUGGGUGUGGCAGAGAAUUCUGGGUUUUUAGAAAGUGGGGUUUUUGUUCCUAUUCUGUUGACAAUUGUAGGUCUGGGUAUUUGGUUUUUGUUGCUUAUGAAGAUUACUUUUGAGAAGUCGGCAUCUAGGAGGUCCGAAAAGCAAUUGAGUGUAGUUUUUGGGGUUUCAGGAUUUUUCAUUGGGCUUUUAGGUUUUUCAUCGAAUGUUUUCCCGGGUUUGGACUUCGAUUUUUCUCCAGUUGAUGGGCAUGGAAGGCUUUGUAUUGCUGCCUUAAUGGGAUUUCUCUCAGCUGUUCUGUUUAUUCCGGCUUCAAGAAGUGCACGUUCAUUCUGGCUUGGAACUGAUCAGCUUCGUUGCAGUUUAUCUAUGAUAACUUGUGGAUGGUUCACUCGCACAAUUCUAUAUGCAAGUCACAUCUUAAUCAUAUUUGUGACAUUGCUAUGGAUUAGUCCAUUAGCUGAACUUUUUGUAUACACUGACUGCAGUGAGGGUGAGAGGCCAAAUGCAAUGAGUAAAGUUGGCAGUGCUGAUAAAUUGGUAGGAUACAUGGGGCUCUUCCGCUCUGAUUUUAAUAACUUAAGGCGAUGGUGUUUGUUGGUGUCGAGUUUAUUGCAGAUCUUGGCAUUGCGCCCAAGUCUGCAAAUGUAUCUCAAUGAAGCUUUGUUAUCAUGGUAUCAAAGGCUUCAUGCUAGCAAGAUUCCUGAGUUGGACUAUAGCAGGGCGAAGGUGUUUCUGCAUAACCACUAUUUGUGUCUUGUAGCGUCACAAUUUCUUGCACCUCCAGUGCUGGUACUUCUCUUUCUUGGCUUAUCUCAGAUUGAUGAACAUGCCUUUGAGAGUUUCCCUUUGUUACUUAGCAUACUGCCUUCCUCUGCUUUCAUCAAGGAACUUGCUUUAUUCAUGGGCUGGUGGGUAACUUGUCUGUGGGCUAUCUUCUCAUCAGUUAUCCUUUUACUACAUCGCCAUUGUAUUCUGUAUAUUUCUUGAGGCUUUGAUUUCUUGAGGGUAUUUUCUUUUCAUUGUAAUUUGAAUGCUUAUAUAAAAUUUUGAGAAACGGGUCUUUGUGUUUCUAUGGAUUUUUUGAACAUCCCUUCAAAGUCAAGGAAAAUGUUAGCUGGAUUUAUAUUCAUGUUAUUUCUUGCAUGUUUUGAUUUGUCAGAAUAGUUGAUAGAUUGCCAAAAAAAGGAAAAAAAAAAAAAAAGGAAAGAAAAGAAAUCAAUGACUCGUUAUGGUGUGUAACAGGGAACUCAAGCUACUGAGGUUAAUUUGUGCACCUUUCUUUUGAGUAACCCACAGCAUGCUUUCCAUUCAUCAUUCUUUUUUCUACUCUGGAUAGAAAAAGUUACUCUCAGACAUCCCUUUAGCCAUUCUUUUUUCCCUUCCUAUCGUAUGAUUAUUGUAUCUGUUGAUUUUGUUAGGCAUAUCUGAAAGAAGACCAGAAAGGGUUGCCGGCUGUAUAAGCUAGUUUUCUGUAAUAACUAAUAAUACUAAAAUUUCCAUCUUAACCCCUGUUUUGAGAUCUUUAACUGUUACUAAUUAUUGUUCUGUUUAUGCACUAUGAGCUCAAAGAUUAUCUAUGUGUUUUGAAAAGUAAUUAUGAGCGCAAAUCAAAACUGUAAGUAACUUAAUACUGUUGCUUCAUAAAAAGGUAUUUCUUAAAUCAUGGGGAGUGUUAAUUUAUUGCCUCAUCGCUCUUCAUUCUCUGCGAUGAGAAAUUCCUUCCUAUCAAGAGUUAACUUUUCAAUAUACUUUCUAUUCUUCAUUGUGUUGUAUUCUGACUGAACUGUAACUUGGUAGGGCAUCCCUACAGUUUUCAUUUCCAAUGGUAGCUUUGUUAAAUCUGCAAACUAUGGCAGACAUAUUAGAGCAAGCCAGAAUGGGCUGUCAGCCCCAUCUCUUCCUUUCUUUUUCCUUUCCAUCCAUAGUCCCUGUCUAUGAAAAUGGAAGAAUGUAUUAGCUUGAUGGUUUAAAAUUUUUUCCUCAAAAAAGUUUAAGCUCAUAUUGUGAUGUGAUGGUCAAGCUUCGCUCCUGAUCUUUUGGCCGUGUCUCCUCCAUAUGCACACAAAGUAGGAAGGAACAAGAUUUGAUUUGGAGACAACCUGAACCCUUUUGUGUUUCAUGUGCAUAGAAGCAUAACAAUGAACAUUUUAUAAAAGCUUUGAACUAUAGAUUAUGCACUGCUAUCUGAUGUAUUGGUUAGCAGAUAAAAGUUGGUAUUACCUUAGAAUUAUGUUUGAGCCUCUUUUCGUUUUGGUUUUGCAAACUUUGUGUUUACACAUGAAUUCUGGGCAUUUGAUAAGUUUAUAGGUCUAAUUAUGCUUUUAAAUGGGUUUGGUGCUUUGUUUGAGAAAUGCUUCUUAAUACUUGAAUAUCGAUACAUCCAAAUGCACCAAAUCCCACUUCAGUGGGACAAUGGAUGAGGAAUACUUAAAUCUCCCAAACAUCAUUCAAUUGUACCAAUAGUUUGAGCCAAAGCUUGCAGGAUCUGUGGUUUGGCUCUAUCAAGUUUGUUUUACCUAUCCUCUUUUGUUCAAGCUUAUGAAAUAAAACAUUCAUUUAAUGCCAUAUCUAGAUUUGCAUUUUGGUUCAACAACGCCCCUUCAUUUUCCCACUGAUUUCUCUUCCCUAAUUUUUGACUGUUUUCAUUAUUCUUCAAUUAAACAUACUUUACUUUUCCAAUACGUGGCAUCAAUAAAUUCCAUCUUACAGUUCUGCAACGAUGGAGUUAUUUUAAGAUUAUGAUCAUUUGGGGUGCAAAGCUGUUUGCCAUACAAAGAAAGAAAAAAGCUUGAAAUGAUGUUUUAAGAAAUGUCUUUUAGGAAUAUCUUAGUUGCUUUUAUAUGUAUGUUUCACGUAGAUUCAUUAAACUGAUUUGUAUUUUGGUGCAUUGCAUAACCUAUUUUCUUUGAACAAGUCUGCCGAUUUCUACACAAAGAAUAAUAGGCGAUCCAUUUUACAAAUAUACAAGAUAUCUCUCAAGCAUCUGUAGUGAUGUUGAUUGUAGUUCAAAUAUGCUCUUACAUGGUACUUGAUGUCAUCAAACUGACAACAUCUUGUCUUCAUGUAGGAGAAAGUAUUUCUGAUGUUCUAAGACCAGUUUAGAGGCUAUGUGAGCGCUAUUGACAUAAAUCUGUAACCUCUUUUUGGGAUCUAAGUCCAGAAAUAACUAUAGGACAUACUAAGUUCACUUUUUAAGUCAGAAUCUGCUAACAGGAAAUAGGAGCGAGAUAAUAGGAAAUCUGAAAUUCGUCAACUUUCCUCCUCCUAUUACAUGGCUAUUAAAGGAGUUAGUUAGUUAGUUUGUUAGAACUCUAACUAACCAAUUCUCUCAACAGCUACCACCAAUUUAAUUACUUUGUAAGACUCGCCUUAUGAACCUGUUGGUGAUCAGAGUUGAACCCAAGUGGCUGCUUCAUCUGGUAACUCCUUCCAUUGAACCAGCAGUUCUGUUGUUGGUCUACUUUUCUGCACAGCUCUUCUUUGUAAUAUCUUCUCAGGAUUCAGCUUCUCUCAAUAAUGAGGCAUUUCUGCUGGUGAGCUGUAGUAGGACAAGGAAAAAAUUUUAAGAGAUGCAUGAAAAGUGUGAUGUAUUUUUGAAUCCCUUGGUAGGUUCAGUUUGCAAGCAACUGGACCCACCCUUGGCAGGAUUUUGCAAGACUUGAAGAAUCUAGGAGCUAGCUUCUAUGAGCUUCUAAAGGCUAUGAAAACUGAUCCUUCUGGUUGAAACUGUCCAUCCGACCUCCAUAUCUGAUUGUUCCUCAUUCUGUUGGCUUCCCAUGCCCUGUAAUAGCAAUUUUUUCCUUCAUGCUGAGAAAGGGUCAUCAAUGGUGUCAAUUAGUGCAUCUUGGGACAGAUAUGGUAUAUCCAAGGGUGGUUUUGGACCAUGAACCACCUCAUGAUGGGUUGCAUUAAAUGAUUUAAUGAUGAUAGUUGCUGGAUAAUGGUGUCAAUUAGUGCAUUUUGGGACAGAUAUGGUAUAUCCCAAGUAUUGUUUCUGUUAUUGUGCUAGUUGCUGGAAAAUACAGCGAAGUUGUCAUUGUUGAAGGCUUCGAAAUUACUCCCUCAGGUCAUAUUAAUAAGGUAGAGAGAAAAUGUUGUUUUUUUGUUAAUCUUAUUUAUAAGUCACAUCAUUAAAUUUUUAUUACAUACAAGUUUUCCUUUUUACUCCUUGUUACAUAUUAGUGAGAGAAAUUAAUAGGGGCAGAAUUAGAAAUUUAUUAAAUUUUUAGACAGCCAAAGAAUUUUAAAGGUUUUUUUGUUAUGAUAAAACAUGUUGAAAGUGACUUAUAAAUAAAAUUGAAAAGAGUAAUCAUCAUCCAGCUGCCAUGAAAAUGUUUGAUUUGCUCUCAGAAAUCUGUUGAGACGAAGGAGACAGUUGUUGGCAAUAACUAUGGUGCCAGUUACACUGUUAUCAGUUAUACUGCCUUUCUAUUGAACUCGAAAGUCUUUUUAACUUGUGAUGCAAAAAAAGAAAAAAGAAAAAUUUCAGACUCUGCUGUAUGUUACUGAAAAUUAAGUAUCUUCCUUCUAGGAUUAGGACUUUAGGUGUCAUUGGUCACUAGCAUAUCAUGUCCUCUAUAUGUUUUGAAGAGAUAUUGAGUUUUAUUCUAGAUUUUGGUCUUCUAAAUA